AUGGGGGUGGAUGAUCGCGAGUAUCAUCAGCAAAGGCGGCGUUUACGCGGGAGGAGCACUCGAAGUCGUUACUCUCUCUUCGAGAGACGCUUUUUUGAAGCGUCUUCUGUCCUUUCUUCUCUCUUUGUAUUCUUCUUCUUUGUCUUUGCAAACGCUUCUUUGGAUUCUUCCCGAAAGACAUUAACGAAUCCAAUCAAAGUUCUCGGGUACCUCCCAGACUGGCGAAUCGCGAACGAAACAACCUCCGAAAGCAUCGUAAACGCUUUAUGCGCACGAACAGAUGCGAUUCUUCUCUUCUCCAUCGAGGUGGACGAAAACGGACAGUUGGAGAAGCUGGACAGAUUGCCGUCGGCAUUGAAUCUCGAAAGGCUGAAAAAUGCCAAGAAACGGUUCGAGUGCGAAAUACACGUAACGAUAGGCGGAUCUUCACGAACGAACGGUUUUGCAAAAGCGACGAGCACGAAAGCAAUGCGAAAGGAAUUCGUGAAAUCGGUGUCCAGUUUCUUGUACGAACAGUACGAGGAUAUCUUUGACGGGAUCGAUUUGAACUGGUCGUACCCGAACGACGAGACGGAGUGGCGGAAUCUGGGAAAGUUCGCGAAAGCGUUGAAGAAGGAUUUUCGGGAGCACGACAGGACGAAGAAGAUAAGCAUUGCGUAUUACCCGAACGAAAACCAGGAGCAGAUUUUGGAGAUGUUGGAAUGUUCGGAGUUCGCGGAUGGUUUACACGCGAUGGCGUACGAUUUGGACGAUCGAGACGGGCACGCGAAUUUGAAGUUUGCGACGCAGACGUUGAAUUACGCGCAGGAUUCGUUCACGGGGGGGAAGAUUAUGCGGCUCGGUGUGCCGUUUUACGGCAGGUCGAUACCGGAAGAUGCAUCGACGGCUCCGGAGUGGCGGCCGUACGGGGACGUACUGCGAGAUAAUGAGUACGAAUUGAAGGACGAAACGAACGUGGCAAAAUCGAAAGACGGCGUCGAGGUGUGGUUCAACGGCAAAGAUUUAAUCAGGAAGAAAGUGGAGAUGUGCCGAUUGUUUGAAGACGUGUGUGAAGGUAUAUUCGUCUGGGAGUUAGGACAGGACGUAUCGAUGAGCGAUAUCGAAGACGACGAGGAAGAAGAGGGAAAUAGCAAGAAGAUUGAUUUCCGGACGCGUCGCGAGAAAUCUCUUUUAGCCGCGUUGACCCGAGCCGCCUGGGGCGACGAGAAAUACGACGAAAUGUUAGCAAAAGAGAUGCAGUUUUAUGAAGAAGAUGAGAAGAAGAAGAAGAAGAAUGCGGAAAAGGAGGAGGAGAAGAAGGAUGAGCUUUAA